AUGGGUAAACGCAAAGCACUGAAGUUGAAUUUUGCAAAUCCACCUUUCAAAUCUACAGCAAGGUUUACUCUGAAUCCCAAUCCUACAGGAGUUCAAAACCCACACAUAGAGAGACUGAGAACACACAGCAUUGAGUCGUCAGGAAAACUGAAGAUCUCCCCUGAGCAACACUGGGAUUUCACUGCAGAGGACUUGAAAGACCUUGGAGAAAUUGGACGAGGAGCUUAUGGUUCUGUCAACAAAAUGGUCCAUAAACCAAGUGGGCAAAUAAUGGCAGUUAAAGGUGACUGUUGGAUCUGUAUGGAACUCAUGUCUACCUCGUUUGAUAAGUUUUACAAAUAUGUAUAUAGUGUAUUAGAUGAUGUUAUUCCAGAAGAAAUUUUAGGCAAAAUCACUUUAGCAUUGAUGUGUAAACUAAAUCAUAUAGGAAAUUGUAAGAUAGUUCAUAGUGAUAUCAAACCUUCCAAUAUUCUUCUGGACAGAAGUGGAAAUAUUAAACUCUGUGAUUUUGGCAUCAGUGGACAGCUUGUGGACUCCAUUGCCAAGACAAGAGAUGCUGGUUGUAGGCCAUACAUGGCACCUGAAAGAAUAGACCCAAGUGCAUCAAGACAAGGUUAUGAUGUCCGCUCUGAUGUCUGGAGUUUGGGGAUCACAUUGUACGAGUUGGCCACAGGCCGAUUUCCUUAUCCAAAGUGGAAUAGUGUAUUUGAUCAACUAACACAAGUCGUGAAAGGAGAUCCUCCACAGCUGAGUAAUUCUGAGGAAAGGGAAUUCUCCCCAAGUUUCAUCAACUUUGUCAACUUGUGCCUUACGAAGGAUGAAUCCAAAAGGCCAAAGUAUAAAGAACUUCUGAAACAUCCCUUUAUUUUGAUGUAUGAAGAACGUACCGUCGAGGUCGCAUGCUAUGUAUGUAAAAUCCUGGAUCAAAUGCCAGCUACUCCCAGCUCUCCCAUGUAUGUCGAUUGAUAUUGCUGCUACAUCAGACUCUAGAAAAAAGGGCUGAGAGGAAGCAAGACGUAAAGAAUUUUCAUCCCAUAUCACAGUGUUUUAUUGCUCGCCCAGACACCAUGUGCAAUAAGAUUGGUGUUCGUUUCCAUCAUGUCUGUAUACUCCUGUCACCUAGAACGUGCAUCCCUUUAAUACCUGAUUGAUAACACAGUGUUAGUGCUGGUCAGAGAGACCUCAUCCUGCUCUUUUGUGACGAACAUAUUCAUGAAAUGUGGAAGUCAGUACGAUCAAGUUGACUGUGAUUAGUUCACAUCUUAAAUUCAUUUCUAGACUCGAAACCUGGAGACGCAGCUACUGGAAUGACGUUUUGUCAGACUUCCAAAUCCUGAAAGGACGUGGUGAUGGAUGUGCUAUGUCUGAAUGUACUAUGUCUGAACAUAGAGACUUGGGCUUGAGUGAGAAGAGCUUGCACAGCCAAUGAGACACAUUACCUUCUGGAGCUGGGAGACAAAGGAGGAAUUUACUUUCUUCACCAAGUGCAAUAGAUUUACUGAUUUGAUAUUCUGUUGCUUUACAGUCACAGUCGAUGUUUGGGAAUCGAUGUGCUCAGCCAAAUUUCCUGUUUGAAAUAUCACGUUAAAUUAGAAUGAGUUUAUCUUUACCAAAAACCAUGUUGCAUUCAGAGAGGUGAACAUUAAAAUAUUGAGACAGGA